AUGCUUAGGACCUCUACCAGAAGUUGGACAAUCUCACGGCCGGUUUCCACCCGUUUAGGAUCGCUUUUCCGCUCUUACCACUCAGAAACCCAUCCCAACACUAUAGUCGAUGAAAAAUCAGUCGAGUCUCGAAUUCUUACCAAGGCUAUCGAGUUCAUUCCAGAACACGGCUUCCACCAGAACACCAUAACUCAAGCCAUAAGGGCUUUGGGAUACCCCGACUCGUUGCAGCUGGUCAUCACCAAUUCAUCUAACUCUCCAGACUUCCUGUUGGUGUUGCAUUGGCUAAAGGUCCAGAGACAGAAAUUGGAGCAACACCUCGUAGACCCCACCAGCGAGUUCCACACUAUCAAGGACGAGUACGAAAGAGUGGCUUAUGCUAUUAAGAAAAGACUCCAAUAUAAUGGCCCAAUUAUCAACCAAUUGGGCCUGGGCUUGUCACACCUUGUAGUUCCUUAUAAUGUCUCUCAGCUGUUGGCAGAACUUCACCUGCUCAGUGACGAUAUCGCCUUUUAUGCUGGAGACAUGUCGCAUGACCUUGCUUGGUACACCAAGAGAGUAGGGUUCUCGUCUAUUUAUGUGUCGUCGGAAUUGUACCAGUUGCAAGAUUCUUCAGAGGGUUUCAGAAGAACAAAUGCUUUUGUAGAUGAAAAAGUCCACGGCUUGAAGAGAUUGGGAUCAGCAUACAACGAUGUAGAACAAUGGGGAGUGUUCAAUGCCAUCAGUACUGUGAAUUUGAUCAAGUCUCAGCUCUUGAGAGGAUAGCUGUACAUAGAAGACCAGAUAUAUAUGAAUCAUGAUACAAAUACAUAGCCUAAUAGUAAUUGG